GGGGUUUGGAGCAGUGCAGAAAGCCUGCAGGAGGAAGAGGGACUCCUGGCCAUGCCCUUUCCUUUUUGGCUGGGCGCUUUUCGGAAGGGGCUUAGCGGCUUCUCCAGCGUGGGGGCUGCAUUCCUGCCUCAGAUGCCCUGCUCUUUAACCAGUCUGCUGUCAUCAGACGCAUGUGGAAGGCAGUUCCCGUCACCCUAGCCAGCGUGCUCCGUGAGUGGUGGUCCAGUGCAUCUGGAUGGCACCAGGAGAGGCUCGCGUGCCUGCUUGUCUUGCUGCUCUUCUCUCGUGGAACGAACGGCUUCUAUGUGCCAGGGGUCGCGCCCAUCAACUUCCAUCAAAAUGCUCCAGUAGAAAUCAAGGCUGUGAAGCUCACCAGUUCACGAACCCAGCUACCUUACGAGUAUUACUCCUUACCGUUCUGCCGCCCAGUCACAAUCACGUAUAAAGCUGAAAAUCUGGGGGAAGUCCUCAGAGGAGACCGGAUUGUCAACACUCCAUUCCAAGUUUUUAUGAACGUUGAGAAAAAAUGUGAGGUUUUGUGCAACGUCCCAAAUACUCCUGUCGUCUUGAAAAAGGAAGAGAGCAAGCUGAUUGCGGAGCGGAUCCAGGAGGAAUACUACGUCCACCUCAUCGCCGACAACUUGCCCGUGGCCACGAGGCUGGAGUUCUACUCUAACCGUGAAGAGGAAGAGAAGAACAAGGAGAAGGACACUCAGUUUGAGCAUGGCUAUCGGCUUGGAUUCACGGACAACAACAAGUUCUACCUGCACAACCACCUCUCCUUCAUCCUUUACUACCACAGAGAGGAUGUGGAGGAGAACCAGGAGCCAACCUACAGGGUGGUCCGCUUUGAAGUCAUUCCGCAGAGCAUUAAACUUUCUGAUCUGAGGGCCGACGAGAAGGGCACGUGCAUCCUGCCUGAAGCCGCCAGCUCGGCCCCCCAGGAGAUUGACCCCACCAAGGAGAACGAACUGCUCUUCACCUACUCCGUGCAUUGGAAGGAAAGUGACAUCAAGUGGGCCUCCCGCUGGGACACCUACCUGACAAUGAGCGACGUGCAGAUCCACUGGUUCUCCAUCAUCAACUCCGUCGUGGUCGUCUUCUUCCUUUCAGGGAUUCUCAGCAUGAUCAUCAUCCGGACCCUCCGGAAGGAUAUAGCCAACUACAACAAGGAAGACGACAUUGAGGACACCAUGGAGGAGUCCGGGUGGAAGCUGGUGCACGGCGACGUCUUCCGGCCGCCUCAGUAUCCCAUGAUCCUCAGCUCCCUGCUGGGCUCUGGAAUCCAGCUCUUCUGCAUGAUCCUGAUUGUUAUUUGUGAGUGGCAUCACCUGGUACCAGUUGUGGCCAUGCUGGGGAUGCUGUCCCCUUCCAGCCGGGGCGCCCUGAUGACCACCGCCUGCUUCCUCUUCAUGUUCAUGGGGGUCUUUGGCGGCUUCUCUGCUGGCCGGUUGUAUCGGACACUGAAAGGCCAUCGGUGGAAAAAGGGCGCUUUCUGCACAGCCACCCUGUACCCCGGAGUUGUCUUUGGGAUAUGCUUCAUCCUGAACUGCUUCAUCUGGGGCAAACACUCCUCCGGAGCGGUCCCGUUCCCCACCAUGGUGGCCCUGCUCUGCAUGUGGUUCGGCAUCUCCUUGCCGCUGGUCUACCUGGGCUACUAUUUUGGGUUUCGCAAGCAGCCGUAUGACAACCCCGUGCGGACCAAUCAGAUCCCAAGGCAGAUUCCCGAGCAGAGGUGGUACAUGAACCGAUUUGUCGGGAUUCUCAUGGCUGGGAUCCUGCCUUUCGGAGCCAUGUUCAUCGAGCUUUUCUUCAUCUUCAGUGCCAUUUGGGAAAAUCAGUUCUACUACCUCUUUGGCUUCCUCUUCUUGGUCUUCAUCAUCCUCGUCGUCUCCUGCUCCCAGAUCAGCAUCGUCAUGGUGUACUUCCAGCUCUGUGCUGAGGACUAUCGGUGGUGGUGGAGAACUUUCCUGGUGUCCGGAGGGUCUGCCUUCUAUGUGUUGAUCUAUGCCAUCUUCUACUUCGUGAACAAGCUGGACAUCGUGGAGUUCAUCCCCUCCUUGCUGUACUUCGGCUACACGGCUCUCAUGGUGCUGUCCUUCUGGCUCUUGACGGGGACCAUUGGCUUCUAUGCAGCCUACAUGUUUGUCCGCAAGAUUUACGCUGCUGUGAAAAUAGACUGAAGGUGUUUGGACACUGCGCGGCACGAAACAGCCGUCCUCUCGGUUUCCUCCUAGGAAGGAAGUGGGGAGCUUCUCAAGGAAACAGAACCCAGCGGGAGCGGGACGUGAGAAAUAAAAAAUAGUUCUACUUUUGGAAUGUAAUCUUUGGCACAGGGUCCUUGGAAUCGGGAUUCUCCUGGAGGGCAGGGGUGUGUAGAUGCUUUGCAUUUUAACUUUUAUUCUCUUCUGAUUAUAAGGGACUUUUAGCUCAGAAGCAUCCCCUUCGAUGAAUAGGUUUUUUGUCUGUUUUUUGUCAUAAGAACGAGACUGCCGUGGUGGCCGGUUUGUGACACGGGCAGAUUUCAGGGAGGGCCAUCCUUUUUUCAUCGUGCCGCAGGCGUCUGCGCUGCCCGCGCCCAGGAAAGGGCCGUGGCGGUCUCCGGAGCGCUGCGAGAAGCAGCCUGCGACACCAUCCUGUCCGUCCAGGUGCUGCGGAGGCGCCGUUUCAGAACUAGGCGGGUGCGAUUUCUCCCGGGGGGCCUUCAGGCCUGAGCCCUGCGCCGUGCCCCCCAGCCACGCGUGGAGACAGCAGCAGCAGCAGCGAGCGCUUGCCCUGCCUUGGCAGACUCCCUCUUGGAGAGUUGGUUAAAGAGAAUGACAAGGCCUGCUGCCUCUUGAGGAUGGACUGGGCCCGCGUACUGGAGAAGGCUGCUUAGGAACCCUGGGGCGUCUCCCCUGCUUUCCCCAGUAGAUCAUGGAUUCGGGUGGGGAUGUGAGGCCCGGUCCGGAAAAACUGACUGCGCUGUUGAUGUGCCAAGGAGUCCAUGGCUCAGAUGCUGGGAAUUGCUGCUAUGACGUGCAGGAGAGGGAAGGGAACUGGAGGGACCCCAUUCAUUCGUUUCCCAAGAAAGGAAUCACUCACGUUGUUCCAGGAAGUAUUCAGAGGACACCCCCCCCCCCGCAGUUUGGGCUGACCUGUAGCUCUUCACCUGUUUAGUGUCACCCCUCUAGGAAUUGAAGUAUAUCAGUUUCACUCUUGACCCCUGUGUAAACUGGCUGUGUGGUCAGGGACCAGCUAUGCUUAACCAAUGGACACCUGCUGUUUCCUGUUACUGGGUGUGAAAGUUGGGACUGUAAAGAUGUAUAUUCUCAAAAAUUAGUCUUUAACUAAGCACAAUAGAAUUGUCAUCUUACAGAUGGAAGCCUGCUUGUUGCAGACUCUCCCGAAUCCUGAAUUGUGAACUAGCCGGAUUACUGGAGCAAGGCUAAAACCACUCCUUUGGCAAGCAAAACCCUUUUUAAUGUGCAAACAGAGUGGGGACGGUUUUUUAGAAAUUCUGCUGUGAAUGUGAGUCAGUCAUGAGAUGGGCUAGCUUCACACUGCAGUGAUCUUUUGACCCAGGGCUGAGCCAUCCCUGAAUUCUUCAACCUUAUAAACAGGUUCUUAUGACAGAUGGGGAGGAUGCCAUGGGGGAAGUCACCUCCGGGAUCUCUGGGUGUCCCUUUGGGAUUGCUUUUCUGAAAGCCCAUGUGCAGUUCCCGCCAAUGACAAAAUCCCUGUUGUGCUUUUUAUAUAUGCCCCUCUCCCGAGCCCCCACCCUUGCCCUCCAGUGACUGCAAAGCGAUCCGACUGCUGUGUUCUUUCUGUGGGAUUUGCUAAGGCCUCGUUGCCGAGAGCACUCUUCGCCAGCCCGGUGCUUUCAGAGAACGGCGGGAGGCGCAAGGUGGGGGCAGCGGGCAUACCGCAGGGCCUCCGCCCGCCCCCCACUGCAAACCCCCAUCCGUUGCUUUCUCGCUCAUCUUGCCAAAGCCACAUCGGCCAAGAAUAAGGUCUGGCAAGCGGGAACCGUAGUGCUUGUGAGCUGUGCUGUGGAUUCCUUUGUGAGCUCUGGAUUUGAACUAGCUUUAGGGUAUUACGUGAAUUCCACUCGACCCCACCCGGGAUUUUUUUUCUGGACAAGACCUGCACUAUUCUUACCUUCCAGCAUCUUCCUUGUAUUUUUAAUGUACUGUUCAAGCCCAACUGUAAAUAAAUAUGCUGUUGUCCUGUU